AUGGAGACGUUCUCAGCGCCUCGAUUUGAGACAAAAAUCGAGACUUUUGAUCCCUGCAUAAUCACAGCAACGAACCAACGGCAAAUAACACCGAAUGUCGUGGAACAGGCGAUCAUUCAUAUCGAGGAUAAUCAUGGCACUGAUGAACAAGGUGAUGGACAACAUGAUGGAGAGUCCCACAUUCAAGUAUCGGAUAUUCAGUCCAAUAUACCGCAGAACAUGACGCUAACACCUGUCAGAUUACCAGCAAUUCUAGAUGGUGAAUACUUCUCUGUUAUUCGUAUCGACGAUAGUAAUGUCACAGUUAGGUGCCUGCAGUGCCAGAAAUUGUUGAAUGGAAACCUGAAGUCCACGGGGAAUUUCUUGAGUCAUAUCAAAAGAGUACAUCCAAUUCUCAUUGAGAAGAUCAAAACUAAGUCGCAUCAGCGGAAGCCAGCUGUUGCAUAUAUAGAUACGACAGCUGAAAAAUCACCUGAAGUUACGAAGACCAAGAAGGGAUACAGAAAGUGUUACAGAACGGUAGACCACAAUUACUCACAGGACGAGAACCCCAGCAACGUUGAGGAUAACUGUGAGCACUCCUCAACGAAUUGGUCGGAGACUCCUGCGAUCAUUAAAAAGAGAAGAACAGAUGAGCCAGAGCAUCAAGAAACUACUAGACCAUCACAAGUCGGCUCAUUUGCAAUAGAAGACGAAUUUGACGCAAUUGGACGGAAUGUCGCUGCAAAACUACGAAAUAUGCGCCUAGAUCAGAGGAUAGUGGCUGAAAAAUUACUCAAUGACGUCCUCUUUGAAGCACAACUUGGCACUCUCCACCGAGAGGCAGUGCUCCACGUAUAAAAGGAGGAAACAAAAACCCUUUGGAGUAUUUUAACACCCCUAUCACAUUUUCUCGACAAAAUGGUCUAUUGCAGGUAAUAAAGUCUCUUUAUUUCACACAGUUGUGGCACACGUGAUGCUUUGGAUGACAAUUUUAUCCAUUUAGAAAAAUGGGGGACUGCAUUUUGCGAAAUGGGCCAUUUUGUCGAAAAAAUUCGAUCAAUAUUGAAAUAUGAAAUUUUUUUAUAACAAAAAAACAGUUUCAGUACAAUAUUCUCUUUAAUUGCUGCGUGAAACCGAGUCUGUGCAUGAUUAAGAUAAGUGUACAAAAUACUGUAAAUAAUAAUAUGAGUACGAAUAUUUUUCCUUACAAUGAACACAAAGAGAAUCAUGAACAA